AUGCAAUCUUCAAACGGAGAGCAUCAUCAGCAACAGCAACAGCAACCCCAAACACCUUAUUUUCUGGGUGCUCCAUGUGACCCAAGUAUUCUGGCAUACGCGCAACAUGCACUUCUCGGUUAUCCACAUCAUAAAAAUAUGUAUCAGCAGGCCUUUCCAACGUCGCAAAUGCAGCCAAUGAUGCUUCCGCAAACGCAAAUUCUUCCGGCAAUGCACCAUUCGUUGUCUCAUCGGAAUGUACUUCCAUCCCUAACAGCUGCAAUUCCUGAAAUGGACAAAUUGUCUUUGGAAGAACCGAUUGAAGCUGGAAGCAUGCCAUAUCGGCGCUCCAACAACAAGUCUGCUUCGGUUUCAGUGGCUGACGACUCAUUCAAUAAUCUCCAACGAUCAACUUCUUCUUCGCAUUUUCGCCGUCAUUCUGCUCAAUGGGAAACCAUGACCGACGAUGAGCGUGAGAUGAUUCAGCGUCAGAAACGCAAAGAAGAAGCGUUUAAGACGGCGCUGUGUGAUGCUUACAAACGAAACGGUUCCUGUCCAUACGGAGAAGCCUGUCGGUUUGCCCACGGAGAGAAUGAGUUGCGAAUGCCAUCACAACCACGCGGAAAAGCUCAUCCAAAAUACAAAACUCAGCUGUGUGACAAGUUUUCAACGUAUGGACAGUGCCCGUAUGGUCCAAGAUGCCAAUUCAUUCACAAAUUGAAGAAGGGUCUUCCGCUUCUAGAGUACAAUCGAGCUUUGUAUCAAGGGAGAAUCUCCCCAGCACGUGAUGAUGAAAUCACUAAUCCAGACGAGUCUCAUUCAGAAGACCAAAGUCUGGUGAACUUGACUCGAACUCUUCAUCGCCGUCGGUCUGCUGGUGGAUAUCUGGACAUGUCUGAUAGUGGAUACAGCGGAAGUGGAAGAAGACGGCUUCAUCAUCAGUUUGAGCAGUGUGAAGAACCCGUUACACGUGGAAAAACAGCUGCCGGGAAAGCCGUAUAUCCACCAAUGCAAGUGGUUAACAUCGAAAUGGCAACUGGACAAAAGAAAUCGUUAACAACUGGUUCAUCGGAAAAUCAUGGGUCGACUCCGAGUCACUGUCAGAGUCGAAUCUCUCAGAAAGAUCAGGUGACUUCUGUUAUCGAUCAGGCUGAUUAUGAGGCUUCGAUGGCCGGAGGAAAGAUUUUUGGAAAACCAGAAAACAUUCGUACAUACGGAGCCAUGAUUCGUGCUAAUGAGGAUCAUGUUGAGCGCAACCAAACUGGGACCACCAAAAAAGAUAGAUCAAAGCCUCUUACUAAGAGGGAUCUUUCACUGAUUCGUGAGGAGGAAACUUUGCUUGUCGAUGGUUCUCAGAUUCAACCGACAGCAGUUGUUGCUACAACUACUCAAACUCCCAAUACGCUUCAAGCCGAGAAUCAACCAUGGUACGAGAAGAUUUUCGGGAAGAUGACAAUGAUCACGGAAGAAUCAAUGGGUGAUGAGGACGAUUCUCGUCUACUGGCGCACGAUGAUCCUGAUUAUUCGAAAUAG